AUGCGAAACUGUGGAUGGAGCUUGGAAAAGACAAGGACUAUCCUCGAGGCGUAUCGUCAGUUCUUGUCGUUGAAGAAGGAUUUUGAAGACUGGGACGCAACGAAACUAUCACCUUCUUACCUUGUGGAUCGAAUGUGGCAUCAGCAUAUUCUGGACAUUGGUAACUAUUGCCACGAUAUGGUGAUGCUAUGUGGUCGAGUAGUCUUGCACAAUCCUGAUGGAGCAUUGGAAAUUCAGGCAAAGAAGACAAGAGACGAGAAAAUACGCUCGGAAUUAUUGAAGAAGUUUGGAUCAGAGAAUGUAAAGCUUGAAGAGGGAGGUUUUUUGGAGGCUCCUGAGAAUAUUGAUAUUGACGAUUGCUCUAGGGUAGCCAAUCCGAUCCCAGACGACGGACACGUCGAUAUUGGCAUUCUUGAAUCCAACAAACUUACUUUUUCCAGGAUGAAAAGAAACACGAGAAUUGUUGUUCUUUUUGAGCGAUAUGCAAGACGUGACGGGCUCGAGAGAAAGAAUUACAGUUUUAGUUUGAAAGGCAAUGGGUGCAUUCGUGACAGCUGUACUCCGGAUUCUCUUGAAAUGAGUGACACGGAUCGAGUGUAUGCAAGACGUCGUCUGCGUGCAUGCUAG